AUAGGGCGCAAUCGUUCAAGGCCGUCAGGUAGACUUUUUAUCACUGAAACCCCGAAAGACUGAGUUGGCAACAAUUUGAUCACGAGGAGGUGAACGAUUGCGUAUACAUACAUGCACUCUAGAUGCUUAUAAAAAUAAACAAAUGGAAACCCAGACAGAGAUCUGGCGCGACUUUCGACUGGCCACUGUCCUUAGAUUAUCAGGUCUUAUGGGUAUUUCCUAUGGUGAGGGACAGACAACUUUCUUGGGAACCUUCGUUGCAUAGAACAAUAAGGACUAGCAAUUUCGUAUUCAGGGUCUAAAUACCGAUCGUUUAAAUGCACAAAGAGUGUCGUUUGCGUGACUUCAAAGGAUUCAGACCUACGGGAGCUUCACUUCGAUAUAGCGUGACGUUCUUGCAAAUUGAUUUGAAGAAAGACACAUUUUGUGUUUUAAAUAAUUUAUUAAAAGGGAUUUACAACGAUUUUACUAACGCUUAUCGACGCUUUGAAGAAUCAGAUGUUUCAUUUCAAGUGUCUGCGCAGCGCAGAAUUGUUGCACGACUUAAUGUGUUAGUUCUUAUAUCACAACGUGUAUUCGAGGCUGUACGUGGACUACCUCACCUAAGAACUCCUCUUCUCCGAUCAGUAUACCAUAUUUUACGUUUACCACUUUGGCACCACAACCCUUCACUGCGAUGUGCAGCUUUACGUUGCCUUCGUUAUUAUGUACAUAACAGCGUUGAUGUUGAGCUACUCUUGGAAUGUCGUCUAGAUCUAUUGAUUGCCCGAUGUAUGGACUUAUCUUAUUAUCCCACAAAGUUUAUUUUAUCAAAUGGGUUGUCUGGAAAUUCUUCGGCUACCUCAAGGGCAAAUAAUAAUCCACGUACUAAAUUCCUUGUCACAUCGAAUCCAAUCAGUUCUACGUGUUAUUCUUCAUCUUACCAGUUGAGUGAAGAAUCAUCAAAUCAUCAGCUAAUUAGUGAUCAUUAUCAAUCCUCUGGAGUCUUAUUAAAAGGGACAAAUGCUACCCGUUUCUCUCGUCCUCGUUUUUCGGAUACUGAUCAUCCUAUAAAAUCAACUAUAACAACUCGAAAUUCCUCACCACCUUUUCUGUCUUCUAUUGGUGAGCGCCAAAUUGUACUGCAUUUGAUUUACUACCUCACUCAACUUACACCACGAUUAAUUCCUCCAAGUAUAAUUCAUGCUGUUGCUGCUCCUUGUUUAGAAGUUCAUCGUUAUUUGAUUGCUAAUUCAAAUGAAUCUAGUAAUAAAGGAGAUGCUCAUGCGGCAUCAGGUGUGGGAGUUCCUGCAGUUGUAUCACGUCAUAUACUUCAAAAUCAUCCUUGUCGUAUUGGAGAUUUUGGAGAAGCAAAAGUUAAAAUAAAUGAUUUUAAUGAUCUGGAGCUAGAUACAACUAUCCGGGGUUGUUUACUAAUUCUUGCUGAAUUAGUUAUUUUAGCCCUAGAACGUCUAGUUGUACGCACAAAUCCUUCAAUUGUUAAUCAUUCGAAAAUUAAAUUAUCUUAUUCCAAUUAUUACCAUUACUAUUACCACUACUAUUAUUGUCAUCAUCAUGAUGUCGAUCAUGCCAACAAUCAUCGACAGUUUUAUUAUUCUAAUAAUAAUAGCGAUAAUAACAAGUUGAACGUUUCAAUUGAUAAUGGAAUCAAAGAAAAGUUACUGUUAUUGUUUCCAUUCAUUGGACAAAUUAUAAUUCAAGCUUUAAUGACUACAUUCGUGUUCAAUAAUAGUACAAUGCAUACAUAUCAUUCAUCACGUAUUCACGAAGCUGUUAUUCUGUCGUUGAUUACAGUUCUUAAUCGAUCAGAGUGUACACAACUUUUACCUAAUAGUCUUAUUUCGAAAUUCUUCGUUACUUUCACAUCUCCAUCAUAUUUGCUGCCCCGAUCGAAAUUACCUUUCAAUGUAUAUCCUUCAUUUCCAAUCUGUGCUAGAAAUUGUCUAAUUCUUCUCCUUCGUUCAUGGCCAGGUAUUUUCCAUUUUAUUCAUGAUGGUCUCCCAACUUUACAAACUUUACUGUAUACGUUGGCUGUUGGUAAUACAGAAAUAAGAAACCAAAUAUUAAGCUUAUUAUAUGGUUUAUUCCCAACAAUACCUAUACCUCAUUCAUCUGUCAAGGAAUUAGAACCAACCAUACUGGGUCUUAUUGAGGCAUUGUCUACUGGUUCGUUCUCUUUGUUGCCUGUAAUAAAUCUAUCGAGUUCACCAGGGAAAAGAAGUGAUUAUUUACGCAAUGAAAUGUCAUGUUCAUAUUUGGACAGUUCUUCACGACGUCUAUUCUCAAUAUUACCAGUAAGGUGUAUUUCAUCAUCGUCAUCUAGUGCUUGGAAUAUUGAAGGUGAUUUCAUUCCUGCAGAAGGUUGUCGUCUGUUAACUAAAUACGAUUCUAUUGGAAUUGAUUUAAUGAAUAAUUAUUAUGCCAUAUUACUUGCUACAUUGAUUCAAGCUGGAUUAUACGAGGCUCUGAUUCGUGCAGUUUCCGAUUCAAAUCAAGUAACAUCUACUCGUGCUGGUUAUCUUCUUGGUUUGUUGGCUUACAAAGUUGAAAGUCUAUUACCUCAAGAACAUCCGGCGUGUAGGCGUUUACAUCAUGCUGGUUUAUUGCAUCCAGAUACUCCAGGUAGUCAGUUAGCUGUCUUGUGGUUGGAACGAAUACAUCGUGCUAUGCAAUUGCAUGAAACUCAACUAAUUGACACAUCUAACCUUAUUCACGUGCCAUUGCAUUCUCCCUUUCUGGAAUGUUUAGCCAAACAAUCUGCAAAUAAUAUCUCUCCAACUUAUUAUCCUUUGAAUCCAUUGCUACAAGAUCAAAUGGAACUUACGGAUACAACUCUAGAUCAGUUGAUCGUAUUAUCAAAUGUGUUAUCAUUCAAGUCAAAAUCUCAACAUGGCCGUUUUAGUCAAUGUCAGGUGACUACAUAUGAUACUAAAUCACCGGAGUUAUGGAAUUGGAACAUUUUAACCUCAUUAGGCCGUCAUUUAGCUGUAACUCGAUGCACAUUUUCUUGGGAAUCAAAAUCACAUAUGAAAUUUCUAAAAACAGUCAUGGAGUUUUUGAUACCAGAUCAAACAUGCAGAACAGGUAUAUCAGAUUGCAAAACUGAAAAAUGCUCUAUUCCGAUUUCUCCUCCAGUAGUAUAUUCUUCUAUUCCAAGUAAAUCUAUGCAGUCAUCGGAUGGGCUAUUACCAGUUGAUGGACUUCUGAAUGCAAUCAGUGAUAAUCGUAAUUUUGUGCUACAAAAUGUAAAUACUUUGAACGCACACGAUAAUACUGAUCAUUUAUUAGUAUAUUCUCGAGAGAAAAACAUGUCUGAUAUUAAUGCUACAAGUAAUAUCAUGAAUAAUAAUUCUAAUACAAGUCGAUCGAAUUAUUUAAUCAAUCCGAAUGCCAAUUUCAAUUUAGCUUGGCUUUCAUAUAAUUGGCCUCAUGCGUCAGCUGCUGGAAUUUUAGCUGCUGGAUUAAUAACACAUUUGGCAUACUAUCCUCCAGCUAGUGAACCGUUUCAAUACUUGGAUCGUUUUUUAACUGUACUCCAUCUAUGUUUAAAAUAUGUACUCAACAAACAGUCUAAUGAAUCAUUAAUCAGUCAUAAUGAUAAUAAUAACGGUAAUAAUAAAUCAAUAAGUCAGAAACUUUCGCAAGACAGUAAUAAUACUCCUAACAAUAGUAAUAACACUAAUAUGAUAUUAACAUUCCAUCCAAAUUAUUUGGCUAAAAGUUGUGGUGGUCUGAUUCUAUUUGCCGCAUCACGAUUAACCAAUUCUGAAGUCGGUGAAUUACGUUUGGAAAAAAGCGAUCUUUAUUUAGAUUUCCAGUGUAUUUUAAUGUUUCCUAGUCAAUUGAAAAAAAAUUCCAAUACAUAUACUGAAACUCACUAUAAUGAUACGGAUGAUAAGCGUAAUCAACAAUCCAUUUUUCUAAAUCAUGCGAAAAUUAUAUUAUCUAGUCUAGAUUAUACACAUUCUACUAAAUUGAGUCGUUUGCUCUUGACAACUGCUGUAAAUAGUGGUAUAAAGCCUUUACGAAUUUAUACAAUUCGUUUGAUUCGUCUUUUAUUUCGUCUGAAACUGCCGUUUCUAGCAAGUUGGUGUAUAGAUUUAGUUGUAAAACUAUGCAUGGAUCCAUCAAACAAAAUUCGUCGUUUAGCCUUAUGCCUAUUAGAAGAAUUAUGUUGGGAUCCUGUAAAUGUUCAGGCUUUAUCGCAAAAUAUUCUACAUAACCAAACCAAUGAUGACAAUAAUAAUGUUUGUCAAAAAAACUUUUUAACACCAUUUGCUAUUUAUUUAUUGCAUGGUAAUACCGGUCCAAUAGGACAUAGAAUAUUUGGUAGAAUUCUUUCUAUCACGACUAUAUUCGAUAAACUGUGCAUGAAUCAUAAUACUUGGAGACAACCAAAUUCAUCAUUUCUUCAUUGUGAUGACGGUCGUUGUUGUACACCGCAAACAAAUAAGAAUAUGAAUUGUUCAAACUCAUGUCUGUCUUGUGAUGAACUGAAUAGUAGUAAUAAUGAUAAUAACAAUAAAUCCGUGUUAAGUGAUCCAGUGAACUGGAUGCUAGAUGUUGCACGAAAGCACUACAAUUUAGCUUAUGCAAAAGAAAUGGACAAUCGGUUUACUUCAUUGUUUGUUACAUAUGGGACGAAAUUACUUUCGGGUACAUCUUAUAAGUCAAGAAGUUUCACAUCUUUUGAUUCAGCAACAACGAACUUACAAAUACUGUCACCUUUACAUUUUAAUACCAAUACUGACGAUGAAAAUAAUGAUGAUGAAGAAAACAGUGAAAGAGUUGAUCGACCUAGCAAUUCAGAAUUUAAUUUUGAAGACAAUUAUUUUAUUGAAGAAACUGACUCAGUAUCCGGAACGUAUGUAUCUCCUCCGUUGGUAAAUGAUCAGUCUAUUGGUCAAGUUGUUGAUGGACAUGAUAGUUUUCAUUGUUUACCGCUUCCAAAACAUCUUUAUGCAUGUAUAGCUGAACAUCGUAAUGGAAUCGACUUGUUAGAUACAAGAAAGGAUUUAGAGACCGCUGUUGCUAAUAUACGUUCUGUUUUGCCUCAAAUAAUCAACGAUAAGUAUGAAGAAACAAACACUUAUAAUGAUACUAAUUCCUUGUUAAAACUUAAAGCAGAUAUGUGGGCUUUAGCUCAUACCUGUUCAACAUCUUACGGACAAUACUGGUUAUUAAGACAUCCUGAACUGAUGACAUUAUUAACCAGUCUUGCUUUACACUCCAAUCUAAUGGACAUCAGAGCGGUUGCAUGGAUUUGUUUGAAUUUAAUUGCUACACCAUCAAAUCAAAUUUUUCGACAAAAUAACUGUCUAGGAAUCUUACAAAAUAACCAAUCAUCAAAGCACAUUAAUGAUCUUAAGUGCAAUGAAUCUUUAUCCGAUUGGUUAUUCAUUCCUCAAAUAUUUUAUGAUAGAAAUGUUAAAACUAACGAAGGAGCUCAAGAUGAGAUAUUGGCCUACCCGAAAAUCCAAUCACUCAGUGGACAAAUGAUCCAAACCAAGUCAAAACCAAAUCGAUUACUUUCUGAUAUCUUUUCUGUCGUUCCUCCAGCCACUAAUUUUGGAGCAGAAACUAAAAAUGAAAAUCUUCCUCUUAGUACACAAAAGUCCAUCAAAUCGUCAGUUCGUAGUCAAGUAUUUGGAAACUUUAAUCGUUCCCGUCGGUGGUUGCAUCGUCGUUGGUCACCUAAUCAUAGACGGCUUUCUCCAUCAAUUUCUGAAUCAAGAGAACAUUCGUCAUUUCAUUUACCGAGUCAUCAUCAUUUUGUAUCAUUUGUUAAACCAAAGCAUUCAAUAAAUUCUUUUACUCAAAUUGAUUCGUUCAGUUAUGAUGUAUCAUCUGUCAAUAUUUCAUCUAAGCAACUUUAUUCUACAUGGACACAUCGUGACUGUAUUUCACAUCGUCAAGUUGUGUAUGGCAAAUCAAGCCAAAGCACAUCUGUACCAGGCUCUGUUGAUGAUGUCUAUCCGUCCGUAACUUUAACCUAUAAGUUCGCCUUCGUUACCACAAAUGGAUCAGCACUUGCUGUUGAUCAUAAUGAUCAUGAAUUGACCGAUUCAAAGCCUAAUUCUAAUUGUUCGGAUACCAGAUGGUUGUUACAAUCGUUGUUUCACUGUGUACACAAAAAUCAAAUUAUUUAUUUACCAACUGAUAUAAAAAUAUUGGGCUUUAAAAAGUAUACUAAAAAUAAGCAGAAAUACACAUUGAAGAACCCGAUUAAAUCACUUCAGUUAUCAUCACCUCCAUCAUUAUUCAAUAGUAAAACAAAUGGAUCGAUCAAACCUUUUUAUAAUGAUGAUUCACAUUGUUUAUUUAGAUCACUGAAUUCUCUGGACAAUAACAAACAUUCAAUAUCCUUUGUUGAUGUUGCUGUGCAUGUUCAAUUAAUGUUAUCUUUAUAUUCUAAUGACAAAUUACCUACAUUAUCAUCGAUACCUGAUGAAAUAUCAACAGAUACUACUAACUAUACUGCUAAAAAUGAUAUCAGUGAGUGUUCAUCAAUACAGCAAAGUAGUUGUGACAACGAAAAUCGAUUGUAUUCAUCCAGUAUACAAAUUACUGAUCAUUCAAAUAUUUCCUCGUCGCACCAAGAAAAUCAUGCAUUUGAAAAAUCAUCACUUAUAUCUGAUGAGAUUCGUAUUGUUUCUGCACAGCCCUCCAUCACCUCUGUAUUGUCAUCUAAUCAGAAUUAUUUUGAGCAUAAAAACCAUGAAUUAAGUAUUUCACCAAAUCAUUCAUUUGAAAAAUUGGGUGCAGUUGACAAUUGGCUUGUUUCAUCUGAAGUGAAUGAAAUAAAUUUGACUAGAAAUGAUAAUGAUUUGCCCAGAUUAUCUGUUGUAAGAAUGUCAUCUGAAGAAUGUAUUGAUGUAGAACAAUCUCCUGAGUUAUCAAUUAAGCAUCACCAUCAGUUGAAAGAUACAAAUGAUCAUGAUGAAAGCAACGAUAAUAAUAAUAAUGGAUGGAGUAAUACUGAAAAUAAAGUGAAUUCAUCAGUUCGUUCAAAUUGUCUAUCACCUAGUACAUGUCUUUCUUAUUCAUGUUCUUUGACUAACAAUGAUAAUAAUGAUUCGCAAUGUGACCAACAAAUGACUGAACAAGAUAUGUGGUGUAAUCAACUGUUAGAUUCUAUAUCGAAUUUAUCAUCAAACGUAUUCUCCUGUUCAUCAUCUCAUGAUAAUAAUAGUAAUACAUUGGAUCAAAUUAUUCAUAAAGCUAUAAUUACACAACAAAAUUCCAAAGGUUCUAUACAACUUUUCAAUGCGUGUACCUAUACAAUAAUUGCUGAUUUACUUGGUUCCUAUCCUUUUUCACGUUCAAUACGAACUAAAAUACAAUCUGUAUUUCUUUACUUUCAAUUAGAUGAACUUAUGGUCGACGCAAAUAAUUCUUUAAUUGAAGUCGAGAAAUGUUUGAAAUCAGAAUCAAAAUUUACUGAAUAAUGCAUCAGUUCCCGUUUAUGUAUGUAUAUCAACGUGAUUCAUAUUUAUUUUCUUGCUCUGCGUGGAUAAACUGUACAUUGUGUGUACUGUUGUAUAUUUCUUUUAGAUUUUCAUCGCAUGAGAUCAAUUUAUCUGUUUUGUUGUAUAAUUAAAUUUAUCUCGAAGACCGUCUUUAGACACUACCCUUCAAUUUUGUUGUAUGUUUUAUCAUAUGUAAACAGGAGCAUAUAUGUUUUACACCAAAAUAUAUUCUAAAGGAAAAUGGUAGGGAUAGCGAACUUUUCAUUUUAUAUAUUCUUUAUUCAUUUUUCUAUUUCAUUAUGUUUGCUAGACAGUUAAUUUGUACGAAACUACUGGAAACAGGAUUGCGAAGUUGCUUUUCAGGUGAAAGAUAUAAGGGGGAAGCGAAUUAGAAGCAAGAUUUGUGAGAGUAAGUUUGAAAUGAAUUAUCAAUUGAAAACUGAGUGAUUCUUUGUUAAUGUGAAUACGUUUCAUCAUAGUAAUAAUGUGCAUAAUCGAUUCAUAUAGAAACAAAUAUGUUUAUUUACACACACAUGUGCCUCUCUGUCCACAUAAAAGAAAUGACCCUAUUUGCCUUCUGUGAACCUUUAUUUAUUUACCCUCAUUCUCGACUUCUAUUUUUUCUAUUUCGAGCAACUGAUAUCUCUAAACACUUAGUGGGCAAAGAGAGAAAUGUAGAUCUUUUUGGAAACUCCACAUUUUAUUGGUCUUCUCGCUUGUGUAUUCAUAAAAUCUCUGUAUUUUUUAUUCUCCUACCUUUCCUUGUAUGUUUUUUAUACGUGUAAAUAAUUGUAUGCACCCAACAUAUUUGUCUUUUCUUCCGUAUAAAACAAAACCCUUUUUAUGUCCCACUACUAAUGUUACUUGAUUCUUAAAAAAAAAAACGAUUUCUUUCUUGCACAUAUGUGUUGUGCAUGUACAGUAAUUCUUUAAAUGUCGUCUAUGCACACAUUUUGAUAAAUUUCUCCCUUCUAAAAUGUGCAUAUAUCCAUUCACCUUGUCUUUAAUAGAGUUUUACGCCAUUUGUAUGCGUGGAUGUGCUUUUGUGAUGCGAUUAACAAAGUGUUCCCCUCUUACUGUCUUUUCUGUUUUAUAUUAAUUAUUCAUGUUUGUCAAUAUUUUUUAUGUAUAUGACUUUGCAAUAAAAUUUUUCUAAAGGAGAGAAAAAAAAAGAAAUUGAAAAAGAUAGUGUAAUCAUACAAUAUUAAUAAAAUCAUAGUAAUAAAUUCCUUGAAUGUAUUAACUGUUUUCUUUAUAUAAAGUGGGGUAGCUAUUAUCUCUAUUUAACAGUUAUUUGCUCAGAAUCAGUCACAAUAGAAUACGUCCAUUCGCACAACAUAGCAUAAGCGAUCGAAGC